AUGCCCGGCGUUCCACCAAAAGCAUUCGAGACCAUCAAGGCCAAGUUCAAGGCUCUCCUCAAAGGAAAGAAAUCCAAGAAGGCUGAAGCUGAACCAACUGCCGAUGCAAAAAAGACCGAUGCAGCUCCAGCUACCGAAACCGCCGUUACUGACCCAGCUGCUGAGGGAACUGCACCAGAAGUAAAGGCGACGGAACCAGCAACUGCUGAAACUUCAGCCCCAACUACCGCAGAAGCAGCUCCAGUUGUAGCCGAACCAGCCAAGACGACCGAAACUGCAGCACCCGAAGCUCCCAAGGUCGAAGAACCCCUUAAGCCUGAGCCUAGCGCACCAAUCGUCGCUGCUACAGCUCCUCAACUUUAA